AUCCGAUCCCUUGUAAUUAGCAUCCAACUAACCUAAUUAAGUACUUUGAUCCUCCCUUAAACCAUGAGGAGAUUCUUCCUCAUAACUUCAAUGCUGUUGUUAUGGCAGGAAGCAGUUCCGACGCUCGGCGAUGUUGGCACUGCAUCUUCCUAUGAUCCUCCAUAUAUUCCAACAAAAUGCUAUGGAGACAGUAAAUACCAGUUCCCAGCAAACAACAUGUUUGCUGCAGUGUCCAGAAGCCUGUGGGAUAAUGGUGCUGCUUGUGGUAGAAUGUACAGAAUAAGAUGUCUUAGUGAACAUGGAAGGCCAUGCAAGGAUGGUGUAGUUGAUGUGGUGGUUGUGGAUGAGUGCUCCACUCAUCCUUGUCCUUCCAAUAUUCUUCUCUCAAUAACUGCUUUCAUGGAAAUUUCCCAUAAAACAAGCUCAAACAUAAACAUUGAGUUCACCAUGUAA